UAUAGAUAUAGGGUUUACUAUCUCUGUUGCUGUAUUAACAUAUCCUGCAAUCUUUUUACUCCUUCAUUAAUUGAAUCUUAUCAUUGAAAUGUUAGCUCUUGAUAGAUAUUAUUUACAUCUUUGCAGAUUUAUGGAUUUAGGGGAUAAAAUCCAGAGGAUUCUCAGAUCAGUUGUACAGACAUACUGUGUGCACAACUUAAUCAAGCUUUUCCUUCUCCUACUCUGGCAUUUACCACAUCUUGCAAUCAGCAUAUUGUAUCUUGGGCAGGGUAUAGCUCUUAUGCUACAAAGCUAUCUUAUCUCAAGCAGGCUAUUGAGGAGGUACAGAGUACUCAAUCUAAGUAACCUUCGGUAUCUAGCCAUUGUGGUAGACAGUGAAGAAGCUCGACACAUUUCGAGGGUUAUUGAGCUCUUAAGCUGGUUGUCAGAAAUAGGUAUCAAGCAUGUUUGCCUUUAUGAUAUUGAAGGAGUUUUGAAGGACUCAAAGAAAAUUAUUUUGAAGAAAUUGGGCAAUGCAAGGCCAUUGGAGGGAGCUGAUGAAAGGAAUUUGUUUCUGGAAAGAAAGCAUAUGGUUUUGGAAUUUGUUUCCUUAUCUGAUGGGAAAGAGGGGGUAGCUAAAGCAGCUAGCUUUCUUUGUUCCAAGUAUUUAAAAGAUGCUAGUAGAGGUGGAGAUCAGGAGACAGUCUUCACAGAACUUGAAAUGACCAAUGCACUGAGAGCCGUUGGUGUUGGGGGGCCAGAACCUGACCUUCUUCUAGUAUAUGGGCCUACAAGGUGCCACCUUGGAUUCCCACCAUGGAGAAUGCGGUACACAGAGAUUGUACAUAUGGGAUCACUGAAAAACAUGAAAUAUGGUGCCAUCAUAAAAUCCAUGUGCAAGUUCACAAUGGUGCACCAGAACUAUGGUUCAUGAGGUGAGUACUGAUAAUGGUGCUGCAAUCAAGAAAUGC